CGCAGGAACUUUUUUUUUUUUGCAGUUUCUCGCCUCAACCCACGACCGUCGCAACGAUGAGACCGGCCAAAACGUCGAGUGCGGGCCGCCUCGCGAAGGCCUUGGAUAACAAGGUCCUCGCGCUCGUGCGCCAAUUCGUUUCCGAACAGUCCUCGGACGAACCGACGCUGCAGCUCAAACUCUCCGCGGUCUUCGCAUACGUCUCGUCGGAUCCGUCGCUCACGAGGCACAAGAAGCCAACCCUCGAAAAGUCGAUCGAACGGGCGCUUGAUGUUAUCCGGGAGGAGGAAGAGGAGGAAGAAGAACUGGACAGCGACUUUGAGGGCCUCGAGAUCGCCAAUAUGAUGGUUCCCGAUGAGAAGCAGAGCAAUGCUGUCAACAAGAGGAUUACGGAUAUGUGGGGGGUGAAUUCAGGCGCUACGAGCGACGCUGGGAAAGCAAGUGUGCCGUCAACACCUAACACCGAGCUACCGCAGCCGGUGGUUGAGCCCGUGGGAAUGGCGGGAGGAGUCACUGUUCCCCCACCUCCGGCUUCACCGAAAAGGAAGCGGAGAGAUAAAGGAGAUGAAGCAAAGCCAAAACGGCAGAAAGCAAAUAAGGAUGAGAAUCGCGAGCCACCAAAGAAUAUACUCCUCAAGGACUUGGGAGGUAUAGACGAUGCAGUUAACCAGCUACUGGAGUUCGUCGCAUUUCCAUUGAUGCACCCCGAAGUAUACGAAUUUACCGGUGUGCCGAUACCUCGAGGAGUUUUGCUGCAUGGCCCACCGGGAUGCGGGAAAACAUUGCUUGCAAAUGCUCUUGCCGGGGAGCUCGGAUUGCCCUUCCUGUCCAUCUCGGCACCUUCAAUAGUGUCGGGUAUGUCUGGAGAAAGUGAAAAGAAAGUUAGGGAGCUAUUUGAGGAAGCACGAGAAAAGGCACCGUGUUUGAUGUUCCUCGACGAGAUCGACGCCAUCACACCAAAGCGUGAGAGCGCACAACGAGAGAUGGAACGGCGGAUUGUCGCGCAGAUGUUGACAUGUAUGGAUGAUUUAAAGCCGGAGAACAACGAUGGCAAGCCUGUGUUGAUCAUUGGCGCAACUAAUAGACCGGACAGUUUGGAUCCCGCUCUCCGAAGAGCAGGGCGUUUCGAGAAGGAGAUUUGCUUGACGGUUCCGGAUGAGAAGGCCCGAGAAAAGAUUCUCCGGGUUCUGUGUCAGAAACUGAGAUUGUCGGGUGAUUUUGACUUCCGCGAAUUGGCAAAGAAAACUCCCGGUUUUGUUGGUGCGGAUCUCAGUGCUCUCACCGCGGAAGCCGGCCGCGCGGCCAUCAACCGCAUAUUCCAGACGCUCAAAAGCAGUCCUGAGGCGCUGGAUCGCCCACCGAUCGAAGAGAUUCCCGAUGGAGAUGGUGACACUUCGAUGGAUGUCGAUCCUCCCCAGCAAACCGACACCACCAUCACUACUACCACGUCCGCCGUACCCACCACAACCACCUUGACUACGGUCGAUGUGUUCAGGCCCACAAGUUUGAUACAAAACUUCUUGGCCGCAUACCCAGCGAAACUUACUGAGGAACAACUUUCACCUCUCACGAUAACCAACGACGACUUUCUCGUCGCUGUGCCCAAGAUCCAGCCUUCAUCCAAGCGAGAAGGCUUUGCGACGGUUCCUGAUGUCACUUGGGACGCGAUUGGUGCUUUGCAAUCCAUCCGACAGGAGCUCCAGAUGUCUAUUGUCCUGCCAAUCCAAGAUCCCGAACUCUUUGCGGCCGUUGGCCUCAACAAGCCUAUCGGAGUGCUUCUCUGGGGUCCGCCGGGCUGUGGUAAAACACUACUGGCCAAGGCUGUCGCUAACGAAAGUCAUGCAAACUUCAUUUCGGUGAAGGGCCCAGAGUUGCUGAACAAGUACGUUGGAGAAUCAGAGCGGGCGGUACGACAGGUUUUCCAGAGAGCAAGGGCCAGUAAACCAUGUGUCAUCUUCUUCGACGAGUUGGAUGCACUAGUCCCCCGACGUGACGACUCCUUGAGCGAAAGCAGCGCGAGAGUUGUAAAUACCCUUCUGACGGAACUUGAUGGGCUGGAAGAUCGACAGGGCGUUUAUGUCGUAGCCGCCACCAACAGACCAGACGUUAUCGAUCCUGCAAUGCUCAGGCCCGGACGUCUCGACAAGCCCUUGCUUGUUGACCUCCCUACGGAGGACGAACGAUACGAGAUCCUGAAGACCAUCAGUCGGAAAUCGCCAUUUGCCCCGGAUGUGGACCUCGAAGCCCUAGCAAGAGACAAGCGUGCCGACUGCUUCUCCGGCGCGGAUCUGAACGCACUGCUUAGAGAGGCGACGACGGCGGCACUGCGGAGGGCAGUGUUUGAUGAAGGUGGAAUGGCGGUAAUCAGGGAUAGGGUGAAGGUGGACGGCGGUAUGAGUGUGCGCGUGAGCAUGGAGGACUUUGAGAUCGCUUUCGGAAAGGUUAAGCCAAGUGUCACGAGGGAACAGAGAGCUGGGUAUCGACAGCUCGCCACCAAGUUCGGGAUGCACCAGAAGUGAGCGGAGGAUAGGUCAGUAAAUAAAUGGAGUUUGCUUUGGGAGAAAUUGCGGUUAUUUGUGGGUGACUUUGCG